CAAUGUUUUGAAACUUGUGAAUUAGAAUGAAUGAAUUUAAUAUCAAUUAUUAGACUCGAGUUAAAUAUAUAAUGAUAUCAUAAUUUCCUCUCGUGUCGAUCAGAUUUAACCAGCAUUUUUAUCUACCUUAUAACUUCUCUAAGUACCCUUGUUUUUUGAAUCAGAUUAGAAUUUAAGUAAGGAAAAAUAACAGAGAUGAGCCCUGGAAAAGGAGAAGUUAACUGCUCUAAUGGAUUGACUAUACUGGAUUACCUUAACGAGUAUUGCUGGCGCGCAGUUUUGGACUAUGUGCCAGUCAAGGAUAUCAUAUCCUCGGAGAGGGUCAGUAGCCACUGGCAGAAAACUGUUCUGACGUAUUUAUCACUAUCACAUGUUCGAUUGCUUGUGACAUAUAAGGAUCACUAUGACUGCCUUGGUGUGAUGAUGGAAAUUCCAGAUGUUACUUCAUUUGAGGUGGAUCCAGAUGUCUGGCCGUCUUUUCUUACUUGGACUUACAAAUGUGGGUCUUUGGUUGUAGGCGUUCAUUGUAUUUGUAUGGAAACUUUGAAUAUUAUCAGUGAAAACUGCCCAAAGUUGGAAGGUUUGGCGUUGUUUUGCCCUAUAACAGAAAAACUUUUAGAGGACUAUAACGGUAAAAAUUUCAAGUUCCUGAGGAAGCUUGGUUUCACAUUUAUUGACAUGUCGGAUCAAUGCUUCACUAAAUUCAUAAACUGCACUAAUGAUUUAGAAGAACUCUAUAUAUGUAAUAAUGAAACAAUGACUGGAGAAUGUCUGAAUAAUGUACGGUUGAGGAAUCUCAAGUCUCUUAUUAUUGGCUAUAGCCCUGAGCUGAAAUUCCAUCAUUUGGUUUCGGCAGUUGACCAUUUCAGUAAGCUGAAACAAUUUGUACUUGGCGAUCCUACCAUGGAAAUACACAAUAAAUCUAAUAUUUUGGUGGAUAAGUUACCUAACUUGGAAUACUUGCACUAUCUCCAGAGAAAUGUAAAUUAUGAGUUCUUUCACCAACCCAUUGAUCAUUUUUUCAACUCAGUAUGUGGUCUAGAGAACUUGAAGCAUCUAUAUGUGCAUGGUUUUCUAAAGGACUGUGACUUAUUAAUUAUAACGCUAUGCUGUGAGAAUCUGCAUAUAUUAGAAUUAGAACAAUGUGAUUUCAUAACACCACUAGGCUUAUGGUGCGCCUGGAAGAUUGCCGGAGACCGCCUGACGAAUCUCAGUCUAGAAGAUUGCCUCAAGGUCACCGAAGAUGACGUAGUAUCCUGUAUCCGAUCAUGUCCUAAACUCACGUCGCUCAGUAUACGCAACGUUCUGGAUUUAACCCCGGAUUUAGUUUCCCGCGCCGAUGCCGCGCGGUGUGAGAUGCGCGCAACGGUGCCACUUCGCCUCUUCGUAUACAACACCGAACAGAACACUUCGGACAACACAGAAAGGGUGGUGUCCGAAAAACACAUAAUAAUUGAUCACAGUCAACGGAACUACUGGGUUUAAAUGAAACCAUAUAUGUAGGUACAAAAUAGUACAUUACGAUACAAGUGCGUAAAAAAGGAAGUUCGAAACGAGUGGCGAUAAAUUAAAACACAACCGAAGGGAGUGUUUUAAAUCGACACGAGUUACG